AGUUGAAAACAUUUUAAUCGGGAUGGAGUCACCUCAAGUUGCAGACAGUGAUGGUUCUCUAGACAAAGUGGACAACAGUCAUAGCGAAUCUCCUCAAAAAGAACGUAUCUCAGUCUCUGAAGAAGAGGUUAAACAGCUUGAACCCAUAAAUGGACACGAAGUUGAUACUGGUGAGAAAAGACAACGUAAGAAGGUUCAGAGAUUAUCUGAAACAUGGAACCGAGCCCAUGAGGCCAAGGAAGAGGAACGCAUCAAAGCAGUCCAAGCAGUCUCAGCAGCAUUUGAGGGGGCUACAGGGACGGCACUCGGUGAAAUCCCACUCAUUGAAGCUUCCAUACGAAAAGCGAAACCUGCUAGCCUCAAAUCGCUGCAUUUAAUAAUAUAUGGUAGACCUGGCUCUGCAAGCAAAAUACGUAGUAAUCUACGCAAAUUUCGAGGUUUUGGUUUCGAAAUGGGUUCUGAACAGUACGAAAGGAAAUCAACAUAUAUUCAACAACGCCCUGCUUGUGAUCUACGAGAAGUUCUUCGCAUCUUAAACCUAGAAGUUACGGGUACUCGAGAACAGUUGGCCUCUCGCUUAUUGGAAUUCCUACUCAAACCAACCGCUAAUUCCGUGAAAUGUAAAGGAAAGAUCGUUAAAAAAUAUAAACAGAAAAAUAAAUCUAAAGAUAACACUUCUAAAAAAUUGAAAUCAAAACCAUCGAAAAAGAACACUGUCUCAAAUGAACCUAGCAUAGACAAUUCAAGUCAGCAAGAUAUUGAUGAACCUGAUGAUAUGUCGUCUGAAUCUGAGAACUCAGAAAGUGAUAUAUCAAGUGCAGCUGAAUCAACCGAAAAAAAGCAACCACCAAAGAAACGUGCUUUAAGUCAACAACAAAAACAAAAACCUGUUAAACCUAGUAUUAAACGAGCUAAAAAGCAUGAACUCAGUGAUACAGAAGAUGAAAAUGAUCAUAAACAUGUUCCGACUAAAGUGAAAAAAGAGCUUGAUUCUGAUGAAGAAAAUGUCCCUCUGUCUAGUUUAACAUCCACAAAAGUAACUAUUCCUCCAACUGAUUCUGAAUUAAAGAAAAAUAUAAUUGAUCUACUUAAAACGGUUAAUUUAGAAGAGACAUCUCUCAAAGUUGUUCGAGAAAAGAUUUUUGCUAAUUAUCCUAAUAUUGACUUAUCUGAUCGCAAGGAUUUCAUCAAUUCCACUGUUAAAGAGUUCUUGGCUCAUUCUUGAUUUGAUUUAUUAUUGGUCGUCGAAGAUGUUAACUGUGAAUGUACGCCAAUUUUUUGUUAAAUAGUACUGGAUCGCCCACACACACAUACAUAACCACAAUCAUGGUGUUCAUUCACACACAUCAUUUAUUCUCUAAUAUUAAUACCGGCAGCUGUAUUUUCUCACCGUUGAUCUACACACACAUUUUGUUUUACCCUUUCGUUCCUAAAUUUUACAGCCUCUCAUAGGAUACCGUACUGGUGUUAACAUCAUUCUUCCAUACCCAUUUGGAUAUAUAUAUAUAU